CAUUGAACAAGAACAAAGCUAAAAAAUGGCAGGAAUACGAAGAGUUAAACUGGGUCAACAGGGUCUAGAGGUAUCAGCUCAAGGUUUGGGUUGCAUGGGCAUGUCCUAUUUCUACGGGGCCCCAAAACCAGAACCUGAGAUGAUCAAGGUAAUCCAUCACGCCAUUAACGCCGGCAUUACCUUUCUUGACACCUCCGACAUGUACGGACCUCAGACCAACGAAAUCCUUAUCGGCAAGGCUUUGAAGGGAGGAAUGAGGGAGAAAGUGGAAAUGGCGACCAAAUUCGGAGUCAAAUACGAUACUGACGCAAUGGAGGUCUGUGGAGAUCCGGCAUAUGUAAAGUAUGCUUGUGAAGCAAGCCUGAAGAGACUCGGCAUCGAUUGUAUUGAUCUUUAUUAUCAACACAGGAUUGACAGUCGUGUGCCUAUCGAAAUCACGAUGGGAGCAGUAAAGGAGCUGGUGGAAGAAGGAAAGGUUAAAUACGUUGGAUUAUCCGAGGCUUCGGCAUCAACCAUCAGAAGAGCUCAUGCUGUGCACCCAUUAACAGCCGUACAACUAGAAUGGUCCUUGUGGUCAAGAGACGUUGAAGAAGAAAUCAUUCCUACUUGCAGAGAACUUGGAAUCGGAAUUGUUGCAUACAGUCCUCUAGGACGAGGGUUCUUCUCAUCUGGUCCUAAGGUGCUCGAGAAUUUGGAAGAUGGUGACCUCCGCAAGUAUCUGCCGAGGUUCCAAGGUGAAAAUCUUGAACACAACACCAAAAUGUUCGAGAGGGUGAAUGAGAUGGCGGCAAAGAAGGGGUGCACCCCAUCACAGCUAGCAUUGGCUUGGGUUCACCACCAGGGGAAUGAUGUGGUGCCAAUUCCAGGAACUACAAAGAUUGAGAAUCUUGAACAGAACAUUGGAGCUUUAUCUGUGAAACUAACACCAGAAGACAUGGCUGAACUUGAAGCCAUUGCUGCUGCUGAUUCAGUCAAGGGUGGUCGAUAUGGUGAUGGUAUUUCAACAUUUAAGGACACCGAGACUCCUCCAUUAUCAUCUUGGAAAGCUUGAUUAAUGUUGCGUACUUCUAUACAAGCAUCAGAUCACUUUUUUUCUCUACGCGUAUGUUUAAUCAACACUACUGAGUCCUUUUGUUUCGUGUGUACUUGUUUUUGUCUAACAACCCUGAUUCGUGUUUAUUUUGGUUAAACACGAUCAGGCGUGUGGUUUGGUGUUGCGGUAUGAGUAUUUUAAUUUUUGAGAAGCAUAAAUAAAGACGCUUUUUCCUGUUUAGGAGUGUAUGAUUGAUCAUAAUCAUGUAUCAUGAUUCAUAGCCCUUAACCUGAUCCGUAUAUGUCUUCUUCUAUUUGUAAUGUCUCGAAUAAAAAUUACAAACAGAUUCCAACUUUUGUUUGGUGCAGACUUUCUCAUUUGAAAAUGUAUACGAAAAUGUUUAGUUUGUUAUUCAAGACGUGAUAGAGCACAAAAUGUUGG